AUGACAUUUGGUGAAUACUGGCACAAUCAACUUACUGUAAAGCAGGUAUCUUCGAAUCAUCAUUUACAAUUCAAGAACAAACAAGGCAAAAUCAUUGAUUUCACAAAAUUCAUCGACACAAACAUCCCUGAGUUUAAAACUGGAGCUAGCGAUUAUUUAUCUCCUGUCUUAUUUAAUGGUCAUAUACAGACGUGCUUUACCACAGUUAAGAAGUUUGAAGAUAUAGAUGAAGUAAACUAUAGAAGAUUUAUGAUUAAAUACCCUGAUGGUGGUGAAGGCGCACUGGACAUGGUAGUGUCAGAACAUAAACCCUCUUCCUAUAUACCGAUCACCCAGUUACCAUUUCAACCACCGUUAGAUACUCAUUAUAGUUAUGGUGAAAAGAACGAAGCUUUAUUGAAGUCGGAGGAUACUAAACCAAUGCUUGUGGCAUUGCAUGGUCUUACAGGUGGAUCUCAUGAAAGUUACGUCAGAAGUAUAGUGGCACGUCUUACAGAAAAAUACGACUUUGAAGCUUGUGUUUUAAACUCUCGUGGUUGUUGUCAAUCUCAAAUAACUACACCUCAAUUGUAUAAUGGUGGAUGGACUAACGAUAUUUCAUUUGUUAUGAACCUAUUAUUCAAUAUGUACCCAAAUAGAUCGUUCUACAUGAUUGGAUUUUCAUUGGGAGCCUCCAUUUUAACUAAUUAUAUUGGUGAACAAAAUCAUAAGAUCUCUGAUCGUGUCAAAUGUGCAAUGGUCUUUGGUAAUCCAUGGGAUAUGCUUCGUUCAGACUACUAUUUAAAUUGUUCAAGGAUGGGAUCCAAUAUAUACUCACCAGCAUUAACUAGAAAUGUCGUAAAUUUAGUGAAAAGACAUGCAACUGCAUUGCAUGAAAAGCCGGGAUUCCAAGAGAUAUAUGAUAAACAUAUUAAUGUUGUUAAAACGGCUAAUGGAUUCGAUGAUGUUUUCACAGGACCCAUGUUUAAUUAUAAGGACAGCAAGGAUUACUAUGGGGAUGCCUCUUCAUUUAAAAGAUUAGCAGGCGUACGUGUGCCCCUCAUUGGUCUAAAUGCAAUGGAUGAUCCAAUUGCGGGUGGUGAUAAUUUACCUGAGAAAUAUAUUAUGGCUAAUCCGUAUACUAUGCUUAUCGAAACAAAUUUAGGUGGACAUCUUGCAUGGUUCAAAGAUUUGAACGGUUCUCGUUGGUAUUCUGAACCAGUUGGUAGAUUUUUCAGUUUAUUCCAUAAAGAAAUAACUAGCAAAGGGUAUAAACCUACUGUAUCAGAGGAUCAGCUACCUCAUGAGAAAGUUGUUAACGUCAAAACUACAAUUGAACAACCACAUGAAUGA